AUGCGAAAGAUCAAACUCAUCAAUUUUCCCUCCCGAAGCAGCCAUCAAUCCCUACGGCUCAAUCAAUUUCCAUCUCUGUUUAAAGACGGUGGAAGCUUUGUAUUUUCUUCAUCAUCCCAAACCACGACAACAAUAGGGAGAAUGAAUCAUCUCAGCAUCAACCACCUCUACAAUACCAUUUCUCAACAUCGAAAUUUUCAUCGUACUACUCUCGUUCCGAAACGAAAUUCGGAGGAGAACAGUGGACAGCCUGCUGUAUUCGAAAUAAAUAACAUCAUCAUGUAUUCUCACCAAGUUUAUGCUCUACCAUCAAUAAUGGAUUAUAACAAGCUCAUUCCUGAUUCAGUCAAAGACAAGCAAGAAUUGAUUGAUCUAUUAGAGGAUACAAAGAACGUUCUCAAUUAUGUCUUGUUUUUAGGAUUUGAAAAAAAAUCAACUGAUAGGCUUAAAGAAUAUCAACAUUUCAAGUUUAAAUUUGGUCGAGACAAAUUAGUUUCAAUACUGAAAUUAGCAAACGACCACAGUUCUCACGCUCCGCUACAAAAACCUUCUUUUGAAGCAAUUAUGACCAUGGUUACUGAUAAGUUUAAUCACGAUUCUGUUAUUGAAAUGGUCAACCAAUAUUGUCACUGCAUUAACAAGCAAUUAAAUCGAUGUAGUGAAUUUUUAAAAUCUGAAAAUUCGGACGAAAAACCAGCCCUUACUGAUGAACAGUUCAAUGAAAUCAUCAACGAAGCUUUUCAAGAUGCAUCCAAAGUUAACACGAUUCUUUCAAAAUUUUAUGACAUGGCUAAUGUAGAUCCACUUGAUGACGAUAUUCUCAACUUAGAAAAAAAUCAUCCGAUUUUUUUAUUUUUGAGAAACAAGACCAGACUACUUGAGAUGACAAAAGAUCUACAGAAGCAUGAUGAAAAGUUGAAAAAUAUUAAUCUAUCGAACAUGUCAGAAAUGAGCAACGAAGAAUUAACUAUUAUUUGUGACAUGAUUCAAAAACGAGCUCUCUUGCAAAUGUCUACUCUUCAAGUUGCUGGAGCUUAUGUAGAUAUAACAUUGGGCACCCAUUUAUGCAAGUUAUUGAUGAAUAAUGAUCCCAAUUACGAAAAGGACCAAAUUCUUUCGAGAUAUGUAAUAUCUUUACAAAUACUCAUGUACAUGUAUCUAUUUUUGAAAGAGUAUGUACUGGUGGUUAACUUGGGCGUCAAUUAUGAUUUUACAUGUGAGGAUCCAACGGACGUGCACCAUUUUGUCGUUCAAAACUUUAAGAUUGUGUCAGACACUGUGCCUUUAAGCACUACUCAAAAUCUUAAACUUGACACUCAUCUUCCUCUGGUAGAGUUUAUUCCAUUGUUGCGAGGACUUGCACUUCAAUUUGCCAGUCAAGCUAAGGAGUGUAUUUCGCUCAUCAAAAUGAAGCUGAAUGGCAAAUCUUUCGAAUUCAUCGAUAUCUAUGACAAGGAAGUGACAACAGUUCUUAAAUUUUUCAAACGAGGCAUGAUGGUCAUAAGAGCUGCUCGGAUUCUGCGAUUUGUCAUUCAAAUUCUCAUAAUUUUUUUCAUCCUGCAUUUUCUAGACAAACAGUUGUUUGGAAGCGUGGAUUCGUUGUUUCCAAGAAGUAAAUAA